AUGGAGUACACACCGCCCCCCAAGCCUCAGCUCUCCUCCCGGGCCAACGCCUUCUCCAUCGCCGCCCUCAUGUCGAGCGGCAGCUCCAAGGACAAGGAGUCCCCCGAGAGCACCAUCAAGCCGCUGGAACAAUUCGUUGAGAAAUCCUCUUGCGCUCAGCCCCUGAGUGACUUGUCCAGCUUGGACCCUCACGGGGAUUUUAGCACCAGCCCCUCGUCCCUGUGCACCGAGCCCCUCAUCCCCACCACCCCUAUCAUCCCGAGCGAGGAGAUGGCUAAAAUCUCCUGCAGCCUGGAGACCAAAGAGCUUUGGGACAAGUUCCACGAGCUGGGGACCGAGAUGAUCAUCACCAAAUCCGGGAGGAGAAUGUUCCCUACGAUCAGGGUUUCCUUCUCGGGAGUGGAUCCUGAAGCCAAGUACAUUGUGUUAAUGGAUAUAGUUCCUGUGGACAAUAAAAGAUAUAGAUAUGCCUACCACAGGUCUUCCUGGUUAGUGGCUGGAAAAGCUGACCCUCCACUCCCUGCAAGGUUGUAUGUGCACCCUGAUUCCCCGUUCACGGGAGAGCAACUGCUGAAGCAGAUGGUGUCCUUCGAAAAAGUCAAACUCACCAACAACGAGCUGGAUCAGCAUGGCCACAUCAUUUUGAACUCCAUGCACAAGUAUCAGCCAAGGGUCCACAUUAUUAAGAAGAAGGAUCACACGGCUUCCUUGUUAAAUCUGAAAUCGGAGGAGUUCAGGACAUUUAUCUUUCCAGAGACAGUUUUUACAGCUGUUACUGCCUACCAGAAUCAACUGAUAACCAAGUUGAAAAUUGACAGCAACCCUUUUGCUAAAGGAUUCCGGGACUCUUCCAGACUCACUGAUAUCGAGAGAGAAAGUGUGGAGAGCCUUAUCCAAAAGCAUUCCUAUGCCCGAUCUCCCAUUCGAACCUAUGGAGGAGAAGAUGAUCUCGGAGAUGACAGCCAGGCAACACAAAGCAGAGGGUCAGCCUUUACAACAUCUGAUAACCUGUCCCUCAGUUCCUGGGUAUCCUCUUCAACCAGCUUUCCUGGCUUUCAGCAUCCACAGUCUCUGAGUGCCCUGGGUACCAGCACUGCAUCCAUAGCUACGCCCAUUCCUCAUCCAAUCCAAGGAUCUCUGCCUCCGUACAGCCGCCUGGGAAUGCCUCUUACACCCUCUGCUAUAGCCAGCUCCAUGCAAGGUAGUGGCCCCACUUUCCCUUCCUUCCACAUGCCUAGGUACCACCACUAUUUUCAGCAGGGUCCCUAUGCAGCUAUCCAGGGACUGCGUCACUCCUCCGCAGUGAUGACGCCAUUUGUAUGA